GCAGUAACGGGACGCCCAGCCUGGUGACGAUUGAUGGGCGGAGGAGCAUCUUCAGCAACGGCAGCUUCCUCAUCCGCACCGUGAAGGCCGAGGACUCAGGCUACUACAGCUGCAUUGCCAACAACAACUGGGGAUCGGACGAGAUCAUCUUGAACUUGCAGGUCCAAGUCCCGCCUGACCAGCCCCGACUCACCGUGUCCAAGACCACGUCCUCCUCCAUCACGCUGUCCUGGCUCCCUGGCGACAAUGGAGGCAGUUCCAUCCGAGGGUACAUCCUGCAGUACUCAGAGGACAACAGUGAGCAGUGGGGCAGCUUUCCCAUCAGCCCCAGCGAGCGCUCCUACCGCCUGGAGAGCCUCAAAUGUGGCACAUGGUACAAGUUCACGCUCACCGCCCAGAACGGCGUGGGGCCCGGACGCAUCAGCGAGAUCAUCGAAGCCAAGACGCUGGGCAAAGAGCCCCAGUUCUCCAAGGAGCAGGAGCUGUUCGCCAGCGUCAAUACCACCCGCAUGCGGCUCAACCUCAUCGGCUGGAACGACGGUGGCUGCCCCAUCACGUCCUUCACGCUGGAGUACCGGCCCUUCGGGACCACGGCCUGGACCACGGCACAGCGCACGUCGCUGUCCAAGUCCUACAUCCUGUACGACCUGCAGGAGGCCACGUGGUACGAGCUGCACAUGCGCGUGUGCAACAGCGCAGGCUGCGCCGAGAAGCAGGCCAACUUUGCCACGCUCAACUACGACGGCAGCACAAUCCCUCCACUCAUCAAGUCCGUGGUGCAGAGCGAUGACGGGCUGAGGACCAAUGAGGGACUCAAGAUGCUGGUGACCAUCUCCUGCAUCCUGCUGGCCAUCCUGAUGCUGUCUGUGCUGCUGCUGGUGCUACGGAGGAGACGGCGGGAGCAGAGGCUCAAGAGGCUGCGCGAUGCGAAGAGUCUGGCCGAAAUGCUGAUGAGUAAGAACACGAGGACCUCGGACACCCUGAGCAAGCAGCAGCAGACGCUGAGGAUGCACAUCGACAUCCCCAGGGCUCAGCUGCUGAUCGAAGAGAGAGACACCAUGGAAACUAUAGAUGACCGCUCCACCGUCCUGCUGACCGACGCGGACUUCGGCGAGGCCGCCAAGCAGAAGUCCCUGACGGUGACACACACCGUGCACUACCAGUCCGUGUCGCAGGCCACCGGGCCCCUGGUGGACGUGUCGGAUGCCCGGCCGGGAACGAAUCCCACCACGCGGAGGAACGCCAAGGCCGGGCCCACGGCAGCCAGGAGCCGCUAUGCCAGCCAGUGGACCCUCAACAGGCCGCAUCCCACCAUCUCGGCCCACACGCUCACCACGGACUGGAGGCUGCCCACGCCGCGGGCCGCCGGCUCCAUGGACAAGGAGAGUGACAGCUACAGCGUCAGCCCCUCGCAGGACACAGACCGCGCGCGCAGCAGCAUGGUGUCCACGGAGAGCGCGUCGUCCACCUACGAGGAGCUGGCGCGGGCCUACGAGCACGCCAAGAUGGAGGAGCAGCUGAGGCACGCCAAGUUCACCAUCACAGAAUGCUUCAUCUCCGACACGUCCUCGGAGCAGCUGACGGCGGGCACCAACGAGUACACGGACAGCCUGACCUCCAGCACCCCGUCCGAGUCGGGCAUCUGCCGCUUCACCGCCUCCCCCCCCAAACCUCAGGACGCAGGCCGCGUGAUGAACAUGGCCGUCCCCAAGGCGCACCGGCCAGACAGAGACACAGAGAGAGAGGGAGGGAGAGACGCCUCCGCACAGGAGCCACCGCCGGGUGCCGUAGCACUCCCGGGCGGUUCCAGGGUUCGAACCCACGCAGAGCACAAGGCAUGUUCCCUACUGGGCGACCUCAUCCACCUGCCUCCUUACCUGCGGAUGGACUUCCUGCUCAACAGGAGUGGCCCGAGCAGCAGCAGGGACCUGAGCCUCGGCCCGGCCUGCCUGGAGCCCCAGAAGACCCGCACCCUGAAGCGCCCCACCGUCCUGGAGCCCAUCCCCCUGGAGGCCGCGGCCGCCCCCAGCGCCUCCUCCUCCAGGGAGCCACAGGCCUGGCCACAGGGGGCCGGGGCGGCGGCCGCCACCUUACCUCAGCGCGAGGGGGCCACGGCCGAGCUGGGCCAGGCAGCCAAGAUGAGCAACUCCCAGGAGUCGCUGCUGGACCCGCGAGGGCCCCCCAAAGGCGCCAACCCCUACGCCAAGUCCUACACCCUGGUGUGACUCCGCAUGAUGGCACAGCCCCUGUACAUACGGCCGCUCCACACACACGACUUCCGUCAAAGCUACCUUUUUUUUUACGGAAUUCCAAUAUUUAUAAUGAAAAGGAAAUUGCCAAAAAUAUAUGAAAAAAACAAAGGAAAACAAAAAGCACCACCCACCCACCCACCCCCACACACACACCGACUGGAACCCCACGGACAGUGCAAAGACUCUCCCACUUUCUUCUUCCAGCUUCUACCUCCCUUCCUCCCUUCCUCCCUCCCUUCCUCCCUUCCUCCCUUCCUCCCUCCCUCCCUCCCUUCCUCCCUUCCUCCCUCCCUUCUUUCUUUCUUUUUCUUUCCUUUCCUUGCCCCCUCCUGUCUUGAGUGGAAGCUCCAUCUGCCUGGGCAUCUGAUUUUUUGGGAACGUCCAGUUUUAUGAUCUUCACAGACGACUGCAUUUUUACUGAUUUUUCUACAAAAUGCAUGGGGGAAAGACUUGAACCUUCAGGCUCCGCGUGCAAAGGACACCCAUCCCCCUGAGGGGAGACCUGAACCCAAGGAGGGACCCUCUUUGUGAAUUUCAGCCAGAACCUUGCUUUGGGGGUGGGGGGACCUUUCUCACAUCUGCACUCGCCUCCCUUGCCCAUCCACGCCAGGGUUCCCAGACCUGAGGCAGGCUGGGGUCCUGUUGCCCUGCAGGGGUUGGGGGGGAGGGGGGCUCCAUACAAGUUUCUUUUCGGUUCUGUUCUAAUCAUUCUUCUCUUUCUUCCUCUUCCUCCUCCUCUUCUUCUUCUUCUCCUCCUUCUCCUUCUCCUUCUCCUCCUACUCCUUCUUCUAAUUUAACGAGACACUCUUUGCAUUUUGUCUAAGCGAAAUAAAAAAAGAAAAGGUGGUCUGCCUUG